GUGGUGAUCAAGAUGAGGAAGGAGGGAGCAAGCGCCCAGUCCCUGAUAGACCACGCCGUGACGAAGAGAUCGAGUCAACCUGGAUCCAGUAUAUCACGCCUGAGGGCAACCAGGGCGAGAAGCAGCUCAGACACGUUCUCAAGACAUUUGAUCGAUCACAGUACGUCCUUGUUGAGGUGGACUCGCGUGCAAGACCCCCUAAAUGCAAACUAUUUAGUAAAAAAGAGUUGUAUGAAAAGGCCAAAGCAGCCAAGCAAGCAAAGAAGACAAAUGAACUUUCGACAAAGGAACUUCAACUCAAUUGGGGAACAGAUCCACACGAUCUGGCCCACAAACUAGCCAAGUCACGAGCACAUUUGGAAAAGGGUCAUAGGCUCGAAAUCCAGAUUAAUGGCAAGAGAGGCAAGAGCACUACUCAAGAGGACCGUAAUGCUGUCAUGGAGAGAGUCAAAAUAGAAUUCGAACCGGUAUCGAAGUAUGUGAGGCAACCUGAGUGGGUCUCUGCAACGACAGUAACCAUGCUUUUACAAGGCAACACUAAGAAGAACGACAAGACAAAACCGACGCAGCAACAAAUGUAG